AUGGACUGGAAAAAGGCCGGCAAAGACAAGGCAGCUUCAAUUCUGAACGCGAUCCCACAAGAAUGGCKCAUCACGGACAUUCCAUCGAUUGAGGAUCAGCGAGAUAUCAGUGGACCAGCGUUCUGGAAGCAACAUUUGAAUGAGCAAGAACUACAGAUCACCCAAUCAGAUGCCGACGACAUUGUCAAGAAGACGACGACUGGAGCCUGGACCGCCGUAGAUGUUGUCAAAGCUUUCUGCCAUCGUGCGUCUGUCACCCACCAGAUAGUCUCUUGUCUGCACGAAGUCUUCUUCGAUGCCGCUAUUGCUGAUGCGGAGGCAUUGGAUAAGUACUUUACCGAGCACAAGAAGCCCAUCGGUCCUCUCCAUGGCCUUCCAGUUUCACUCAAAGACCAAUUCCAUGUGAAAGGGGUGGAAACUAGUAUGGGAUAUGUCGGCUGGCUGGGCACAUUUCAGGGAAAGAAAGGAACUGGAAAAGAGAAGAAGUUCGAGUCGCUUAUGGUCACGGAAUUACGAAGUCUUGGAGCAGUCCUUUACGUCAAGACGAGCGUUCCCCAUACUCUUAUGUGCGGAGAAACGAUCAACAACAUCAUCGGGUAUACUCAGAACUCCAAGAACCGCAAUCUGUCGUCAGGCGGUAGUUCAGGAGGCGAGGGGGCUUUGAUUGGCGCCAGGGGAAGCGUCGUUGGUUUUGGAACAGACAUUGGAGGUUCUAUUCGUAUCCCCGCGGCAUUCAAUGGUCUGUACGGCAUUCGUCCUUCUACAGGGAGGUUGCCAUACGAAGGAAUGGCCAACAGUAUGGAUGGUCAAGGAAGCAUCUUGAGCGUCGUUGGUCCCCUUGCCACCUCGUCGGGGGCCUUGAAGCUAGUGUUCCAAUCUCUCCUAUCGACGAACCCUUGGCUUCACGAUCCACUCGUACACGAGAUUCCUUGGAGGAAAGAGGCAGAAGUUCUGCCAGAAAAGCUCUCAUUUGCAGUCAUGCGCCACGACGGCACAUGCUCAGUCCAUCCGCCCGUCGCUCGCGCCAUCGACCUCACCGUUAAGACGUUGGAAAGGCUAGGUCACCAAGUGAUCGAAUGGAAACCGACCCCGGAGCACUCCCACCUGAACGACAUUUGCGGAAAGUGCUGGGCCUUUGACGGUGGGGCGGACUGUCGCAAGGACUUUGAGCUUUCCGGGGAGGAGCCUGCGAAGGACAUCAUGCUGGACUCUACGACGCAGGCCAGCGCAAGUGAAAUCAUGGCUGUGAACAUCAGUAAAAGGGAGGCACAGAAAACCUACAUGGAAUACUGGAAUUCGACCGCUUCGCUCACAAACACAGGCAGACCUGUUGAUGCGGUGAUCUCACCAUUGGCUCCAUACACGGCCGCUACGCCACAUGGAUACACUUACUACGGAUACAGUACCUGGGUAAAUGUGCUGGACUAUACUAGCGUCACUGUUCCGAUCACACAUGUAGACAAGAAAGUGGACGCACCACUGGAAAACUUCAAGCCGCUGAACGAGACGGAUCAGAAGACGCAAGACACCUACGAUCCGGAGAUUUAUCACGGAGCUCCUGUUGCCRUCCAGCUCGUGGGCCGACGACUGCAAGAGGAGAAGAUGCUGACAUUGGCAAAGUAUGUUGGAGAUGCCGUGCAAAGUUGA